CCCUUCAUUUCAUCAUCAUGCAACUGGCUACAAGCACACGUCAAGUGUAUUUGCGCCACCUAGUGGAACAUAUUGUGAAUUCUUGUGGUGUCGAUGCUUUCACCCUGACAAAGAAAUGUUGCCGUUCUUGAAAUUUCAGGAUGAAACUACAGUGCACUAUAACAUUUACAGGUAAUUUAAACUUUGAAUACAUGUCCAAAUGUUCAAUAUUUCAGCACCUUUUUCAGAACUUGCUGUCAUGAAAAAAAAACACAAUUCACAACAGAUAUUUUUUAAAAUAAUGACAAUAAUAAUGAUGAUGAUGAUUGUUAUCAUUGUUAUUAUUUGUUUGUUGAGGUAAGGUAUGUUUCAGUUGUUUGGCGUCCACUUGGUCAAGACGAAGAGAGGACCAAUUGAACCCAGAAAUAUAACUGUCAUGGAUCAACUGUGACCUGACAAAACAAAUACAUUUUAAACAAAAAAUUAUUCCAUUUAAAAGUACAAAACUAUGGUGUCCUUCCCCAUUGCUGCUGGUGUUGCUUGCACAGUAGUCAUUCAACUAUCAUCACGUGAAAAGUUGUUGGCCUACAGCAGGCAGCCAUGAGGCAUGGUUGUCACAUUCAGCCCUGCGUGUGGCUUUAGAAUUGAUAUUGCUCGGAUCAGAAGUAAUACCAAUACACAAAGGUGGCAAAACCUUUCACAUUCUGCCCUUACCGUAAAUAAAUACAGUGCAGUUCAAAAAGAAAGAAAGAACUAGUCUGGUUAGUUUACCUUAGUAAAAUUACAAAUAAAUUAUCUCAAACGAGCUUUGGUAUACUUUAUUUUUACUGUUCUACAGAGGAGCUACCCAUCUAUAACAACUAAUUUCUAGUUCAUAGCUUUGUUGCUAGCGUUGGCUCAAAUUUUUAUGCAACCAAAACAACGUGUUUCCAUAGCUUUUCUAGUCAACUGAUGUGCAAAUUAAAAGCUCAAUAUAUCAUGUUUUCUGUGGAACUACUUGUGAACUCUGAGAAACGAAACCAAGCCCGAGGUUCUGAGCUAAAGGCACUAAUCACACAUAUUGCCUGUUUCAGUCAGUACUUUUCUUUAUGGACCCUGGAUACCUGAACUUUUCAGAGUCCUAGCUUCAACAAAGUAGCCUAUUUAUUGUGAGCAUGAUCCUGAUGAUGUCAGGACAUGUGAUCAGCCGACCUUCUCAGUUAAACGCUGGGUGAUUCAGCAGUAGCUGCACUGAGAAAACUGACCUCACCAUGGAAGGUAAACUGGAUUUGUCUCGCCUGACGGACGAAGAAGCGAAACACGUCUGGGAGGUGAUUCAACGUGACUUUAGCCUGCGGAAAAAUGAAGAAGAUCGACUAGGCAAAUUGAAGGACUCCAUCGAGAAGGAGGACACCAAGCGUGAGCUGCUAGGCGGGCAGACCAACUUGGCCGACUCGCUGUGUAUCCGCUGCCUGCAACCUUUUAAGUUCCUGGUGAACAGCAAGCGUCAGUGCCUGGAUUGCCACAUGUUCGUCUGCAAGUCGUGCAGCCGCUACAACAAGAAGGAGCACGGUUGGGUGUGCGACAACUGUCGCAUGACCAGGGUUCUGAAGAUCGGCACCCUGGGGUGGUACCAUGACAAUAUCCGAAACCGUUUUAAACGCUUCGGCAGUGCCAAGGUGAUGAGGUCACUGUACAAGAGACUGAAUGGAGACGGUGGACGAGAUGACGACACUCAGAGCAUGCCUGAUGUCCGCAGCAACCACUACAACCCUAAUGACGAUGAUCAGGGAGAAAUGGAGGCUCAACGAUACAAAUCGAUGCGUAAAAAUAAACGCCUGUUGUCAGUUCAUCCUUUUGACUUUGAUUCCGAGGAUUAUUUCCCCCGUUCACGGCGCUCAUCAGUGCAGCAAAUUCAGGAGGACCGCGCAUACAGGAAUGACAUAGAAUACGACUUGAACCAACAGCGAAUGAAUCGUAGGAGAAGUUUGGAUCGUUUUGCAAUGAGAACAGACGAUUAUGGUGAGAAUCGGAUGGUUCGUACUCGAUCUUUGUCCAAGAUCAGCUCGAUGGCUCGUCAGCAGUACAUCGACACAUCUGAUGAGGAGGAGUGUCAGCGCUAUCCACCCAUGUACCAGCCACCCCACCACCGCCGCCGAAACAGCCGGGCCUCAUCUCAGGAGAACCUUGGACAAAACCCUCCAAUAAACGAGUUGAACAAACGCAUGUCUGCCAUCGAGGGUCUGCUGAAUCGUUUGGAGGAAAAGAUGUCACCUGCCGAUAAGGCGUCUGAGUCAUCAGGACAGAACGAGGAAGAGAAGCUGAUGAAGAAGCUGAGCGAGUUGGCAGGGAACCUAGGCAAUAAGCGCAUGUCGUCAGAUGACGAGGUGGACAAGAAGGCCUUUUCUGGUGGAAAAAGCAUCGCUGGUGGCAGGGCGGCGGCCGCUCUGGAUUCGAUGAAGAACCUGAGCUCAUCCAGCGAUGACGUGCCAAGUGAAGCACAGAAGAGAUCGACCGCCGCCGCCCUUUGUGACCUCACCACUGAGGCCCUGAGAACCAUUAAUGCCACAGAAAACGCGAUGGUUGAGUUCGGCCUGUCAGAGCCGGUGGACAGAACCCACAUGUUAGGGACUGAUGCUAAACAAGCCGGUGAGGCGUUCAGGCAACUUGAGGAAAAUGUGUACAUUGCCACCGGGCAGUCGUACGAACUGGAAACAAAGCUGCGGCGACUGGAGCAGAGUGCAAAGAAUCGCUUUGGCGGCACAACAGAUUCGGAGCUUUCCGAUCUGGAGGACGUAGUGGCCUUGACAGCUGCCAGGGUGCAGAGUGCUGAAAGUGAGGUAUCCGAUAUCGAAAGUAAGCUCGCAGCUCUGCGGGCUGUAGGAUCGAAGAAGAAGGUUUCUGGAUCACAGAGGAAGAAGUCUAGCCAAGAUCACAUUGCCAAAUCUGAAAGAAAUGGAGCUGCAUGGAAAUCCAACAUCUCUUGAACCAAAAUGUUUCUUCAACUCUAUUAGGUCUCAAAGGAUUUCAAUCUUUGUUUAGGCCUCCUUAAAGUCUUUUCGAGACAAUAAUUAGAACAAAUAUGUAAUACUUAUCCAUUGUUUCCAACAGUGAGAAUCUUUAAAAUUUCGGGAUGUUCAUAAUAAAAUAGGUUCCAGAAUCAAAAGCCAUUUGAAAAUAUAGAUAUUUUCCGACUAUAAACUAUUUGCUGUUUUUUUUCCAAUAUUUUUUUCAAUAUAUAUUUUUAGGGGGUGUUUUCCAC